AAAACCAUACCCAACGCGAAAUCAUCCUUCUUCUCGCCAGGGGACUUGAAAAACCCCAACAAAGCCACUGAGAGCGAGCAUCUAGAGAGAGAAAGUAAAAAGAAAGAAGAAGAAGCCUCUCAAUCGGAGCUUUCCUGGACUCCAAACAUGUACGGCGGCGAUGAAGUAUCUGCAAUAGUCAUAGACCUGGGUUCGCACACCUGUAAAGCAGGUUACGCGGGCGAAGAUGCGCCCAAAGCUGUGUUCCGUUCUGUUGUUGGAUCAAUUGAUCAAAUGGAUGUUGAUGACUCUGAUAAUGCCGAAAGGAAUUCUGGAUCUGUUCCAGAUUCUAAGAACGUUGUUAAGACAUUUGAUUCAGACAAAUCCAAGGGAAAGCGCAAAUUAUAUGUAGGAUCUCAAGCCUUAGGAUACCGCCGGGACCAUAUGGAGGUGCUGUCACCCAUAAAGGAUGGAGUUAUUGUCGAUUGGGACAUUGUUGACAACAUAUGGGACCAUGCCUUAAGGAAAUGCCUAUUGAUUGAUCCUGAAGAGCAUCCCAUGCUACUUGCGGAACCAUCCUCUAACAGUCAACAACAGAGAGAAAAGACAGCAGAGCUUAUGUUUGAAAAGUACAAGGUUCCUGCAUUGUUUUUGGCAAAGAAUGCUGUUCUCACAUCUUUUGCGUCAGGACGUGCAACCUCUUUAGUUGUGGAUAGUGGUGGAGGAUCAACUAUUGUUGCCCCUGUACAUGAUGGUUAUGUUCUUCAAAAGGCUGUAGCAUCUUCACCUGUUGGGGGAGAACUUCUUACUGAUUGCUUAAUGAAAAGCUUGGAAAGCAAAGGCCUCACUGUAAAACCACGAUAUUCUUUUAAAAGAAAGGAAAUACGGUCAGGAGAGUUUCAGGUGACGUUGGAUCUUGAGUUUCCAAACACAACAGAAAGUUACAAACUCUACUCCCAGAGGGCAAUUGUCAGUGAUAUCAAGGAAUGCGUUUGUCGUGCUCCAGACACCCCAUACGAUGAGAGUGCAUAUUCAAACAUUCCAAUGACACCAUAUGAGCUUCCUGACGGACAGACAAUAGAAAUUGGAGCUGACAGAUUCAAGAUUCCUGAUGUUCUGUUCAAUCCAUCCUUGGUUCAGACUAUUCCUGGUAUGGAAAGUUUUGCAGAGACUGCUUCUUCUGUUCGUGGCCUGCCACAAAUGGUUAUUGAGAGCAUUAAUAAGUGUGAUGUAGACAUUCGAAGAGAACUGUUUAGUAGUAUUUUGCUUGCGGGUGGCACAGCAUCAAUGCAACAGUUAAAAGAACGCCUUGAGAAAGAUUUGCUAGAGGAGUCUCCUCAAGCAGCUAGAGUUAAAGUAUUGGCAAGUGGAAAUGCAACAGAGAGGAGAUUCAGUGUUUGGAUUGGAGGGAGCAUAUUGGCAUCUCUCGGUUCCUUUCAGCAAAUGUGGUUUUCCAAGUCUGAGUACGAAGAGCAUGGGGCUUCUUACAUACAAAGAAAAUGCCCUUGAUAUGCCAGUUUCCGUACCAUGCAGGCAAUAGAAGGAAUUGGCUCUUGUCUAACAAACUGCUAACGAAAUGCCCCUAAUAUCAAAUUCUAUGGUAACGAAGUUCAAGAUUGGACAUUCGGUCUUGUAGGAGUUUCAGAUCAUGUAUGGGUGUCUGCGAUGUUCAUAUGGAUAAAAUAUAUGCUGUACAAUUAUUUUCUUAUUUUAUCGUGCCCUUGUGUUAUUCCUAGCCAACUCUUGGUGCUAUGGAGUAGGUCAGUGCCCUUCUAUUUAUUUUGUAUGAACCCCUUAGCUUAGUGUUAAAUGCUCAUUAUUACUUCACCAAAUGACUACCGAGAGUAAAUUGCCAAGAAAUUGAACUUGCUGUUACUGACUGAAGUAUUUUCGUGAAUUUAUCCGGACUUGAAUGUAAUUGUCCAUUAUGCC